UGCUAUACAGGCGCUCCUGCACUGGGGCAUUGGCAUGUGGUGCUCAAGCUCCAUCCACCCCCUGGUCCUGAGCCGAUAACCGCACACCCUAAGCCAGGUCAAAAUGACUGGCCUCCAUGAUGCCGCUUAGUUCCACCACCAUCCGUUUGGGUGUCGCCACCCAAUUCCACGGCACGCCUGACACGCGACCCUCCCGAGCGAGUUGGUUACCGUUCAACGCCACCGCUCAUGCCUUGAUAGCUGCCAUCGAUAUAAGUCACUCCGUAUAUGUACCUAGACAGUAGCACUCGGCCACUUCACUCGUUUCUGAGCGUCUAUCUCCUUUCGCGGCGUUUAUCGCUCCAGCUGGUUCUGACCUUUCGCAAUUCUGCAAACAAAUAGGCGUAUCUAUGCAUGUUCCCAUAUCCUUAGGUUAUUAAACCAAACCAAAUGGGCACAGGCGCAAUACAGUCUGCGAAUGCUGGGUCCCAGCCGGCGUGUGCGGCGGGCAACCUGGUGGGCAUCUGCAACCGCUGCCAAGUGGCCUGCGUGGCGCCUCACGGCGAGCCGGGCUACCUGGUCAUGUCGGUGUUCGAGCCGGCGCCGCCCGCACACUACCAGGGCCGUGAUCCGGUGGCGGCGGCGGUGGCGCAGCAGCAGCUCCAUGACCUAGCUCUGGAUCCUGAAGGGGUGAUGGAGGCGCGGCCAAGAUUGCGGCAGCUGCCGUGGUGGGCGGAAAGGGGCGGCAGCCGGGAGCCAGCGGGCGAGGUGGUGGAGGUAGAGGAGGCGUCGGCGGCCCCGCACCCUUCGGCUUCCCCGACCCCGGCGGCCCUCGGCCCCGCGCUGGAGGCGUCAGCCGGCCCGCAGCCGCCGGGCUCUCAGAACUGGACCGCCACCUCGCAGCCCUCGGCACCACCACCUCCGCAGCUGCCAGCCCUCGUCCGCCGCCGGGCUGCCGCCGCCUUCCUCCGCUUCGACCCCAGCGGGAAGCAGCUGGCAGCGCUGUCCACCGCUGCGGCGCGAGUUGGCGCUGUCCUGGCCGUUGGGGUUGGUGGCGGCGGCGGCGAUGGACCGACUGCAGCUGGCAGCGGCGGACCCAGGUCCGGUGCGGGCGCGGCAGAUGGCGGUGCCCGGGCAUGAGCUGCAUGGCCAACCCUGUGCGGCUGCUGCCAACCGAGGUGCUGGAGCUGGUGCUGCAGGCUGCUCUGCCGCUCAGCUGCCCGCCCCUGCCGCCGGGCCGGACAGCAGCAGCGGCCCACACAGGGGGCCCAGCAGGGGACCCGCUGUUGUCCCUGUGCCCCUGGCACCGCCGCCUCCGCCACUGCCGUCGCUCCCCGCACCGCAUCGCGGCUGCCGGCUACUGUUGUGGUAGUGGUGGACGUGUGGGCGCCGCCGCAGGCACCUCACCCGCACCAGCACCAGCACCACCAGCAUCACCGUCACCGCCAGGCUGAUCAAGCUGGGGCCGGAGCCGCAGGAGGAGCAGGCGGUGAUGGAGGGGCAGCAGGUCUUGGGCAUGGAGGAGGUGGAGGUGGCGGAGGCGGCGGUCCAGGGGAUGCCCUCGCGGCGGCAGGGCUGGCGUUGCCGGCUGGCACGGCCCGGAUGUGGCUGCUGCUGCGCGCUGACGGCUUGGCUGUGUGGCCAAGUAAGCGCACCGCGUCUGCGCGUGCCUUCAGAGGUGCGUUCAGAGGUGCCUUCAGAGGUACGGGUCAAAGGGCGCGCCUCCUAUGUUUGGGUGGCACAGGCUGCUUGGUAUGGAGGGCAUGCAUGUAGGCGGGUUAUGGCGUUGGUGCAGUGCGGGCGCGUGAAGUUUGGACAUCUGACCGCUUGCGAGUGCAAUGCAAAUCCUAUCAUCUCUUUGUUAUGGCCACAUACCAUCGGCAUUGCUUGGACCGAUGUGGGUUUUCUACCCGCAGUUUGCCAGAGGCGGAUGGACAGCGGGCAAGUAGAACUGGGAUCCCAGGUCGCGGGGAAUCGCGGAUGAAAGGGCGGGGCAAGGGCGACGGGUUACAAUCCACGGGCGUGCUGCGCGAGGCUGCUUGUCAGGUUUACGCUUUUGCUGUGUCGCGCCAUAGUAUACUUGAUACUGUACUUUCACAAGAACGAGGGACCGCACAGACCUCACACACCUGUCAUUGCUCCCAAAACUCGGUUCACGUCCCGACGCGCUGGCCCUUUGCAAGCCACCGCAUCUUGAACAUCUGACAUCAUUCAAUCUACACAACGACUCAAGGCGGUCGCCAAGGGCCGCGGCGGAAAGCACCGAUGGCUUUUCAGCUGCGCCCGGCCCUGGGCCGGCACCCCCAAAUGACUGGCCCAGAUUACCAGCAUACAGUCGAGAACAUGCGAUCGGCCCGUAAGGAUCCCCGUAUGUGAGCCAGGCGGCUGGCGCCAGCCCGGAGCAAGUGCAGCUCGGUCACUCUUGCGCAUGUUAGCGAAGGCGAAGCAGCAAGAGCGCUGCCCAUGGUUCAGCGAGCGCCCCGCUGGUGGAGCUAGCACCUAGGACAUCAGCUACGGUGAGGCAGGGAACCCUGCCCGGGCUUGGUGCGCGCAACGCAUCAAAGCUAGCACGCGGACUUGCUUGCGCUUAGGUAGGGCCCCAAAACCACGUCCCCGCGCCGGGCCGGGGCCUGCCUGAGCUUUAGCUAUUCUAGGUGCACGCCUGGGCUCACUUUGGCGCCGAGAAGGGCGGCCAAUUGUCCGCAAUAGUCGGAACCAGAAGUUGGGCCUUAUCCGUGAGUCUGAGAGCAGCGCACCACGCCCACACAAAUGCCGGCAGGUGCAUGUUAACAGAGCUGUGGGCUUGGGCAAAGUUCUGGCCAGGGAAACAUUCAGGAAAUGGGCCAGGCCAAGAUGGGGCAGCAAGAACCGGAAAGAAAGCCGGCCUCUGAGCCGGCCCCAGUCACAAAACACCAAGCUAGCACUUGAGAACUAGUAAUCCUCACCUUGAUUGGUCUAAACCAGCGCCUCUUCUGUUGCGGGUGCCCCUGUUGCGAGAGACCUUGCCACUUCGAGCACCUCUUCCAUUUCGCGGCUCUGAACUCUUACUCCUAGUCCAGCCAAGCAAGAAAAUGUGCCCAGUUGGCACGGAGCUUUGGAACACGGGCGCGCUGCGCAGGUGAGCCGGCUCGGGGCCAGGCGUUGUGGGGCGCAUUUUUCGGGCUGGUCAGCGCGUUGACGUUGGGCUCUUCUUGUGGUAAACGCGUGAGCACAUUGUGGCCGAGUCUCCGAGACCGGUUUACGAAAGUGUCGAAGUGUUUCGGGCUCCGUGACAUUUCGUGGUCCCAAAUGGCCCGGCCGCCGAGUCCCUCCUGUCUCGUCGUGUUCCAUGUGCCCCUUGUCCUUUGGUGCGUCCAGUGAGUCCUGCGCACAUUGCGAGGCCAUCGGUGCUUCGGUUGCGUCAACGCCGGCCCACUUCGAUGGCCGCGCGUUGCGCAUCGGAAGUGCCAACGGGGUCA